CCAUAUAACGAUUAGUUGGGACCGUGACUCGGAGCACAUUCCGAUGCAACCAUAAGGUCAAAGUACGUUACUCUGUUUUAACCACUUGAACUUGCAUAGCUGGUGGCGGGGACUGUGUAAAGAGAGUGGGCGAAGUACUUUCGAAGCAGUGGAGCAUCGAACGUUGUACAGACAAAUUCAAAUCGCGCGUGACCAUUUAGACGCUUCAGACACUCUGCUCACCAGGUGAACGAACAAGACGACCUUCCGUCACCAUGGCGACGCGUGUAGCCGAUGAUGGUGGGGAUGAGAUGACUCUGCAAAGCCACAAUGGCCGGAAAUAUCCUUACUUUCCCUCCGCUGUUCAGCACAGUCCAUUAGAGAGAUUACCAUUUGUUGAAAUCCGCUCUGACGACAUUCUAGUGUGUGCUUUCCCCAAGUCUGGUACCCACUGGGUUUGGGAGAUGGUUCGCCUGCUGGUGGCGGGACAACUCGACCGUGCUGAAGUCAGCAAAGCGUCUGCCAUGAUGGAAUUGGUCAGUGAAGAAGAAUACAAAGAUCUCCCUUCUCCCAGGAUUCUUAACACUCACGUCAUGUUCAACGAACUUCCGGAGCAGGUUAAGUUGAAGAAACCUAGGAUAGUGUACGUGACUCGGAACCCCAAGGACGUGACUGUGUCUGAUUACAACUUUGUGAAGAAACUGACGAUGUGCUACAACUACACUGGAGAGUGGAAGAAUUUCUUUCGACCCUCAUUGGAGGGGAAGUUUGACUACGGUUCCUGGUUCGACUAUGUGAAGGACUGGGAGGAGGUGAAGAAAACCACUGAUGUCCCCAUUCUGACACUGAACUAUGAAGACAUGAAAGAGGAUACAUUCCGCGAGGUGAAGAAAAUUCAAGACUUCCUUGGAAUUGAGAGAAGUGAUGAGUUUGUGAAGGAAGUAUGUGAUCACUGCAGUUUCAGCUCCAUGAAGAAAGUCAAGGCAAACAUGGCAGGGGUCGUGUACAGGAAAGGUGAAAUCGGGGACUGGAAGAAUUGGUUCACUGUCGCUCAGAAUGAGUGGUUUGAUCAAAUGUACGAGGAGAAAAUGAAAGAUUGUCCUUUAACUUUUAGAUAUACAUUGAAAUAACUGUUGUUGACAGAAGGGGCGAAUUUCAGUGCGUGUUUGAGAGAAUUGGUAGAGUUUUAGAGUUGAUAGGAGUGUGAGUUUAUGCUUUACGUCACAUCGGCAAUAUGUCAGCCAUAUCUGACGAUAGAGUUGAUAGGAUUGGCUGGAGUUGAUAGUAAAUGAAAGCGGGGAGUGCGAUGUGGAGUAAUUGGAAGCGCCGAGAACGGGUGAUGAGGAAGAAGUGAGUUCAUUGGCAAGAUGCUGUGGAGUGGCUGGACUGACUAGAACGCCUAGCGUCAGCGAGCAACGGGAAUGUGUUUGUAGAGACGUAGAUUGAGGGCGUGUCACCACCGAUUUUCAGUAAUUCAUUCAUAUAAUUUUCACCGGAUGUUUGCCUUAUUCUCUAGCAUUGACGUAUCAAUCCAUAUGCCUCUUGUUUGAUAGUGUGAUAUAUUUACAUAUUCUGUUAUUAUAUUGCAACUGAAAUAUUAGGUCUACACAUUCAGAUAACAAUAUGAUCCUCGCAUUACGGUCAGGCAGUCGUCCAUGUGUACUUAGCGUACUGUUUUCGGGACAAAAUGAUAGCGUGACUGAAUUCUGUAUGAAAGCAGACACUAUGUCCUGAGGGUGUUUGUGUGCACGGAACAAGGCGCCAGCUUGUGUCAAUAGGCAUGUGCGAACAUAGCGUGAAUGGGUAGCAAAGUUCGACUUUUGUAUCUUUAUAUCAAUGAUGAGCUGUAUACCUGAAAGUCAAUAAAAGAAUUUCCAUUUGAA